UUAUUUGAUUAUUCACCUUAAACGUUUCGCGUUGCUCGCAUAAUAUUUUCCAAACUGUAAUAACGCCGUUUAUAUUAUUUUGUAAUAAAUUGUUUAUUUUUCCGUUUCGGACCGCAGUCCGGUCAACAGACGGGAAGUCUGUUAUCAAACUGUGAUAACAAAAAAAAAAAAACCAAAACGUUAUCAUUUGCAUUACGAGCAUUACAACGAUUAUUUACCGCUGUGAGCUGUCGCUUACUUAUUAGUUGAAAAAAAAUUAAUAAAACUCAUCUAUAAUAUUAUAAUCAACGUUCAACAAACACCGUAGACAAUUAAUCAGCUAAUCUGCGUGUGAAAUACAGAAUUACCAAUGUUCGGCGUACAUCGUCAAGUGCCUGUUGACAUCAUGCUGUCGUUUCGUUUCAGUUGAAUACCGCUGAUUGCCCGAACGCCAAUCUUCGUACCACAACGAAACGUCCGACCGGACCAGUCAUGAUAUCGGCCGGCGGAGAUGACGGAGAAGACGACGAUGUCGCAAGUAAAGAACAAAAUGAGUAUUUGUUCGGUACGGAUUCCAGUACCGACGAAAUCAAACGUUUUAAAGAACUUGGUAAGCGUUUGGAGAAAUAUCGCAUUAGGCAUCAGCAAUCGGCCAGCCGAUCGGGUACUCCACUGCCUCGAUGCACGUCUUCUUUGUCGACCACAAGCAUGGAUUCUCUUUAUCCGUUAGAUGCUGAUGUAAGCUCCAGCCGAUCGGUUAUACUGCGGCAGUGUUUAGAAGACGAUAGGAUAAUGUUAGACGAAAGUGGAGUGACGAGAUACAUUGGUCAACUAGAAGAACCGUUGCAAUUGUCUUUGGACGCCUACGAUGGCCAACAAUCUCGGAGUCAAUUACGCAGCCGUUUGAACUCUACCGCUUCUAUUCAGAAUUAUGAUGAAAUCAUUGAUAAACGUCUCCAAGAAAAAACCAACGAAGAGUUGAAAAAACAAAUUCAAGAAUUGCGCGUCAAAUUACAAGAAUACGAAGUCAACAUGGAAAAAAAAGAUAAGUUACUGGUAUUGAAAAAGACAGCCGUGGACAAUUCGAUAAUGAUGGAAAAAAACAAAACUCAUUUGCAAUCCAUCAAAGCGUUGGAACAACGUCGCGCCGACGAUUACACGGAAUAUUGUAAUAACUUGGAUGAAAUCCAAAAGACUUGUAAAUAUUUGGAAUCGAAAAACUUACAUCUGCAAAAGGAAAAUUCCGUUUUGCACGCCGAGAAAAUGAAUUUGAGGGAAGAUUACGAUAAGCUUUCAAUUGCUCACGACGAACUCGUUGCUUCUGUGCGUAAUCAAGCCGCCAAAGAAUCGUCGGAAGCCGAUAAGAUUGAAAAACUCAUGUUCCAAUACAAUCAAUUGAAACAGGAGAAUACGCAGUGCUCAAAAGCGAUGAAGGUGUUACAACACGACAACGAAGUAUUGCAAGGCGAAUUGGAAAAAGCUAACGCUAACAAUGAAUUGAUAGCGGCUAAAGUAAAUGAUUUAACGGCCAUUGCUUGUGAAGCGGAAAGCUUCAAAGUGGAAAACUGCGGUUUGAAAGAAGAGAUAGAGAAACUACGUCAGGAAGAAACGAGUUUACGAGACAAUUUGGAGAAAUUAUCAGAUACAAAAUUGGAACAAACCAUCGACGGUGAAGGACAAGAAAAACUUAUCGAAGACAAUCGUAUCUUACAUCAGAAAAUUAAUGAAUUUCAGACAGAGACUGAAAGAUUACUCGGUGAAAAUGAUUCGUUAAACAAACAAUUGCAAAGUCAACUCGGUCUUGUUCAGGAAAUGGAGAAUCGUUGGACUCAACUGAAGGAGGCGUACUUGAAGGACAAAGAUCGAGCUACGCUUAUGGAGAACGUCAUUGAAGAGUUACAAAACAGUAACAGCCAGUUGAAUUCUGCAAAUAUGGAAUUAACCAAUGAGUUGGAAAUGACCAAAGCCAACUUAACCGAUACCAAGGACACUCGUGUACAAAGUGUUUCCGAAGAAAACAAUCGCCUACGAACCCAUUUGUCGUACUUGGAGGUGACCAUAGAAGACUUGCAAACUAAAAACGAUGAGUUGAAAAGCACAAAUAUCGCUUUGAACGAACAAAUUGAAAAUUUAGUUACAUUGAAAAUGGAAAACAGUCAACUAGAAGAAAGAAUCGACGAGUUGAUCAGUGUGGUGAAUAAAUACGAAGCUCAAAUUAAUCAAAUGAACGACGUUAUCGGUCAGCUAAAAUCUUCCCAAACGGAUGCAUCCGCCUUAGAUUCGCUGAAAAAACAAAACGAUGAAAAAAUUACAGAAUUAAAAUCGUAUGUUGGCCAACUUACAAACCAGUUGGAAGUUGUCAUGCGAGAGAAAAAUUUGUACGCAAACGAAUGUUCUGCGUUAACGAGUCGUCUCGAAGAGAAUAAUGCGGCGUUCACUAUGACUGUCGAAGGUCUCCAAAAGCAGCUCGAUAGUGUUUCAAAAGAAAACAAAUUUUUGAUCAACGAACGUCCGUCUUUGGUGACUCGCAUUGGCGAAAACGAAACAAGUAUUUCAAAUUUAAACAGCGUUAUCGAUGAGCUGAAAAAUCGUGUAACGGCACUGACAAAAGAAAACAACGCGUAUGUAGCCGAAGAACGACCGACCCUAAUCAACGGUCUCGGGGAAAAAGAACAACAACUUACCAACUUGAAUGCGACUGUGGAACGACUCAAGGAUCGUUUGAAAACUAUUAUGAAAGAAAACGACAAGUUUGUGACGAAAGAACGGCCGGCCUUGGAGGCUCGAAUCAACGAAAACGAUAUUCGUCUGUCGCAGUCCAACGAACUGCUAAAACAUUUUCAAGAGAAAGCCGCUCAAUUGGAUAUCGAUUUGAAUGCGCUGAGGAACGAAAACUCUGAACUGGCUGAGAAGUUAAAACGUUUACCGAACGAUGAAAACUUGGAACAACAGUAUAAAUUGUUAACGGACCGGUUUCAAAAGCAAAAGCACUUGUUGGUGGCCAAAGCCAAAGCGCUGAAAGAGUGUGAAGCCACUUGUCGAGGACUGGAACAACAAGUUCAAACGCUGAAGGAAGAACUUGAGAAUCGCAAUACAACGGUACCGCAACAAAACAUCAACUCUGAGCGCAUUGGCCCGGUUCUUAGUCAGUGUGACCAAGACCUUCAGGAAUGUCAUAAAUUGAUUAACACACUUGUAAACGAUUCGAAAUCAUUCCGUGAUCAACAAAGUCAUCAGAUGUGUGCUCUAAAAAAUGUAUUUCAAAAUCUGUCAUUGUUGUUUGAACAGCCCUACGAUGUUGCCGAUUUACGUCAAGUCAUCGGUCAAAUAUUUGCCCAGAACGCAAUUAACGACGAUGAACUAGAAAACUAUUUACAGACAACAUUUACCAACGCUGUAAACAUCCUGGAAACGAGCAACGACAAUAGAAACGCAAGCGCUAGUCUUCCUGAAGUAAAACUAAUAGCGCAGACCGAAGUGGACAAAUUGAUAUUCGAAGCUGUGGAAAACGUUAAAUCAACUAUGCAAAAGAAAUCUAUAGAAUUGAAACAAGAACAACUACAACGUCUGAACGAUCAAAAUGUAAAACUCAAAGCAGAAAAUGAAAUUUUAAAACAACAACAAUCCGAAGCUGAAUGCAAUAAGAAACGAGAAACGACGCAAUCGCAACUGUGGAAACAGAAGUUGUACAACAAUUGUAUUAACACUAACGACUCUUGUACACAAACUCUGACAAAUCAAGAAGUGAAAGGUGAACCGAGUGUCUUAAGAGCUGAAUAUAAAGAAGUAAAUGCCAAACACAACAGUAGCGUAGUAACCGAAGGUGGGGAAAGCGAAUUGAAAUCUCUACAGCGUCGAUACAACAGCUUAAAAGCCAAAUACAAACAACUAAGAAUCCAACAAGCACCAGUAAGCGAUCGUGAAAACAAUAUUGACGAAACCUUUAACCUAGAAAGGAAAAUCACAACCUUAGUCGACGAUCUAAAACGAGAGCGUGAAAGAUACGAUCGGUUAAAACAACGGUUCGUACGCGAAAGUGAAACGCACGCUGAAGACAUGUCGCACUGUCAAAACGAAUUGGAAAAUCUAAUGUAUGAAAAACUGGAACUUAGUCGACGUUUGGCGGCAGUUGAGGAAAAGUAUCAAAUACUUCAAAACGAUUACGACCAAUUGAAAAGCUGUAAUUUAGAUAAUUUUAGUAAUUUACCGUCGGAAGUGAACAAUAAACCAUCGUCUAUUGACUGUGACAACGAUGAUGAACCCGCUGUACAAGGCGACACACAGCAGCUGUUCCACGACGAGCCGCCAACCAUCUCAAAUGCCGCCCCGCUAUCGUUGCCCGUGCCGGUUACCAAUACCUUAGAGUCCAAUGUAAACGCAAGCGAAGAAAACCAAGACCUUCAGCAGCGGUCCAUAGCCGAAAGAGAUCGUUUAAUAGAAUUCCUUACGGAGAAAAUCCAGAAAUUGGAAUGGGAUUAUUGCAAUAGAAACGCCAACAACGUUGAAAAUUCCAUUGUACAAGUACGAGACCAACUCGACAGGGCUUUGGCUGCCGUUCAUGAGAGAGACGUACGAUGUGACGAACUCACGUUGGAGCUCACCAGACUAUUGGAAGAACGCGAUACGCUGCAGUUGAGACUGUCGAACGCUAUUAGACAAAUUCAACAAGUUUGCGAAGACCAAAAAAACUGUCCUCAGCAACAACCGCAAAACAUAAUGGAUGACAAGAUCGAAGAGUUACGUGGACUGCAGUAUAAAAAAGAUUAUGGCUUGUACACUGAUCAAGAACGUAGACAUGUAUCUCAAAUGCAGUUGCACAGUCGAGAUUCAAAUCCAGCAGCCGUACCCAAGGAUACGUCGUCGCCACAAUCGCUUCCCUCGACGGCCGAACACAACUCGAGCGGUUCCAGUUCGCAGUCGUGGUUCAAAGACAUAUUAUGGUAAAUCAAACAAACGGUUGCCGUCUUACCUAUAUUUUAUUUUUUUAUUUUCCACCAAAAUCACUAUGGGUGGAAUUUUGUUAUUUUGUUUUUAAAUUCACGGAAUUCUAAGUUUUUAAUAGAGUUUGGGUAAGUUUUGUGUUUUAAUUUUAUCUUUAAAUUUUGGGAACACAAUUAAAAUUAUUUUGUUGCUAUAAAUAAUUAAUUAUUAGCUAAUGUUAAUAGGCAUAAACGUUUUCGAAAAAUAAUAUUUUCCUUUUAUAUCCAUAUAUAUAUAUAGUUAAAUGU